AGGAUGGAGGGGGAGCUUAAGUGUCCGAUGUGCUUGCAGUUCUAUUGUAACCCGCUUCUAUUGCCUUGUUCACAUUCAAUUUGUGCUGUUUGUGCUUCAAAUAUUCAGGAAUCUUCUCAAACUUUUUUAUCUCAAUUGGAAGAAGGUGGAUAUUCCUCAAACCCAGGAGAUGGCGAUUUAAAAGACUUUCCCGACAUCGAUAAAAUCAGUAUUUUGAGUGAAACAGACAGUGGAGUUGUGUGUAACAGUCGCCCUAGUAGUUAUAUAGGGACACCUAGUAUCGCUAAUAUUUAUCAAACUGUACAAUUUAGUCAAAAUCCGUAUGGAAUUAAAUGUCCUGUUUGUAAGAGAAUUAUUUUACUGGAUGAAAAUGGAUACAAAUCAUUACCAUGCAACAAAGUGUUAGAAACUAUUGUUGAGAAAUUUAAUCAUAGUAAACACAAGCCACUGACUCUGUAUGUGAACUGUCAAAUGUGCGAGCACAAUGAAGCAAAAGAAGCCGUUGUCAUGUGUGAGCAGUGCAAUGUAUUUUAUUGUCAGUCCUGCAAGGAGAGUUGUCAUCCUGACAGGGGGCCACUGUCCCAACAUAAUCUUCUGGAUCCCAUUCAAGGGAGAGCCCUUCAGCGGGCUCGCAACAAGGGGAGGGAACUUUGCUGUUUGGAACAUGAAGAGGAGCAACUCAACAUGUACUGCAUGACAUGCAGUAUACCUGUAUGUUGUACCUGCCAGCAUGAGGGAGGACACAGCCAACACGAUGUCCAGGCUAUUAGUGCUAUAUGUAAAGCACAAAAGCUAGACCUCUCCCAGAUACUGCAGUCUUUGUCAGAGAAAGCCAAAGUGGGUACAGAGUUCAUCCAGAGUUUAAAGUCCAUGACAGAGAAAGUCCAUGGAAACUGUUUAGACUUUGAGGCCACAGUGGCAGCCCAAUGUGAUGCCCUGAUUGAAGCCAUCAAGAAAAGAAAGCAGGAACUAUUGGUCCAUGUUGCUGAGGAACGCGAUCUCAAAAUCAGUAUGCUGAAGGAACAGGCAUCACAAUGCACAGCACUGCUGCAACGCACCACAGGACUUCUGCACUUCUCCAUUGAAGUCCUGAAAGAAAGUGACCCUGCCUCAUUUUUACAGGUGUCCAGUGGUCUUAUCAGCCGAGUUUCAACAGCAGAUCAAAACUUCAACAAGGACAUGGAGCUGACCCCACGUAUCGCCACGGAUAUUGAUCUGAACCUGGACAGUGGCCCCGCCCUUCAUGCCAUUCAAACUAUGAAUUUUUUUCAACUGAAAGUGGCUUGGUUCAGUCUGGACCCUCUCUCUGCUCAUCCAGACAUUCUUUUUUCCAACGGCAACCAAACAGCAACUUGUAACAGUUACGAGCAUCGCAUUCUGUUGGGAGGUGUUGGGUUUUCCAAAGGUGUUCACUAUUGGGAGGUGGUCAUUGAUCGCUAUGACAAUCACUCAGAUCCUGCCAUAGGAAUAGCUAGAUUUGAUGUGGACAAAUGUCAGAUGCUAGGCAAAGAUGAGAAAGGAUGGAGUAUGUACAUUGAUAAUGGAAGAAGCUGGUUCAUGCACAAUGAUGACCACUCAGAGAGAACGGAUGGGGGAAUUAGAAGGGGGAGUGUUAUUGGGGUACUGUUGGACCUGAAUAAGCACAGACUCUGUUACUUUGUGAAUGAUGUUCCCCAGGGGCCAGUAUCAUUCAAAAAUCUUCAUGGUGUCUUUUUUCCUGCCCUCAGUAUUAAUCGAAAUGUUCAAGUGACACUCCGAACAGGACUAGAACCCCCAGCAGAAAGUGAAUCUGAUGAUGAACAUUAGAAAAAUUUGUAUGUUCAAACAUCAAGACAUCUGCGUUCUUGGUUGUGCAAUAAUGUGAGGCACUAAAUAUCAUCCAACAAAUAUUUUUCUAGUCAAAUCUAUAGAGGUCCUUGCAUGGAUGCCACUUUUGUAAAACUCUGUACAAGAAUAUCCUCUCUGUUCUCUAACAUGAAGUGUUAAGCAAUUUUCAUCUAAUUCUCAAGAGUAACAACUUUGUCAGAUAUAUUGGUUAAAACAGCAACGAAUCGUAUUCUUCGCAUGGGAAACUCAUUGGUCAUCAGAAGUUAUUUCAUAUCAGUGGUUGAAAGUUUGAAAGUCUUUGUAUAUUGAAUUCUCAUUAAGGAAAUAAAAAAAAGAAUACAAGUACAAAUUUAUGUUUUACAAAAAUAAUUACUUGGUUGAAGUUCUACAUCAAAGUGUGUAGCAAACAUACAGAUGACUUAGAAUUUAUGUAAAUUGAUGCCUGUAUAGAUUUCUAUGCUAAGAUAUAGAAUGUUGCAGUGGAAAGAAUAGCUUGGUUCCUUUAUGUAAUACAUGUGUACUAGUUUGUAUAUAUGUACAAAUGUAUGCAGCUUCAGAGGUUAUGUUAAUGUGUCUGUACUCUGCUAUUAAACUUUUUUUUUUUUUCAAAGUGUUGAAUUUUAUAAUCUGUAAUAUAAGACCAAAACAUUUUAUGCCUUGUCUCAUGCCCCGAGUAAAUUUUUAGAUAGAGAAGCUUGUUGACUGAAAGACACAAAUAGUAAUUUGUGACUUUAAAAAAUGUUUGGAGUGUUUUGCCCACAUUUACUUCCUUCUACACAUUCAGACCAUUUAUAAAUAUUAUAUCCAAUGCAUGUGGACAAAUCAAGAAAUGAAAUAAUUGUGGUUUAAAUGUGGUGUAAGUUUUACUCCAGUUGUCUCUCUUUCUCUGUCACUGAUGUCUAAAAUUGUGAAAAAUGACCACAAAUUGAAUGAUAAAUUUGUGAGAUGAUAAAGGACUUUGCAUUAUACUUUUAUGUGUUAGCAAUGGAUUUUUGAAAUCGUUGCAGCAAAGUGCACCAUGCUUAAGAAUCCACUUUAGAUUUGUUUUGAGAGAUUGUGAUAAUUUUUACUUUUGUAUAUUAAGUAGUUGUGUUAUAGAUUUCUUUACAUUUUAUGAUUUAUUUAUUUUUAUUAUAAGAACUAUUUUUUUUUUUUGUAAUUUACAUUGUUUAUUUUAUUUUCAUGCUACAGAUGUAUGAAUUUUUUUGUGUGAUUUUUACAGAAGUGUAAAAUGUGUUUUUCUUAAUCCAAAAACAAUUAUUAUCUGCAUCGAAGUAAUAUGUGUUUUUAAAUGUGAACGUUUUUCUCCCUGUUCAAUGCAGUUUAUGUUUUAUGUAUGCAAAUUAAGUAACUUGUAAUGUAUUUUCCUAAUAAAUUGAGAUUUCAAGAAGCAGUUUUCUUCAGACAACAAAUUUAAUUGCUAGAUUAUCUGAGUAGAAAGUUCCAAGAAAAUUGCUGAAAUUUGGAGAAAAUAAAGUAUUUUUAAAAAAUACACAAAUUUUAUUUUUCAUGUGACAGAUUUUUAUUGUGAUAAUUAUUAGAUUGCAGCAAGCAUUUUGUACACAAAUAUUAUCCAAAAAAAUAUUUGGAAAAAAGAUGUUGCAUUUUUAAUUAACUCAGUAUUGCCUCACAAACGUGUAUACUUUUUCAACUCGGUUAAAGCAGAUAUAAAAUCACGCUCUAUAGAUACCCUCUACAUAACAGACUGGUUAUUAUUGAAGCACAGUGAGGAAAUGAAUAUCAUUUUUGAAAAUACAAGAGAGUAUGAACUGCAACGCUUCAUGUUGACAUACUUUUUCAUGAAGUGUGAAGCAUCACAGUUCAUACCCUCAUGUAUCUCAUUAACUGAAAUUUAUUUCUUAUAUUCCAUUAUAGGAACAUGCUGUUUUUACUCAGUUUCUUAUCAUUAUAUGUUCCCCAAACGAAGUUUGGAACAUUGAUUUUACUCUGUUAUUAUUUUUCUACGUCACUGAUUUGUCUGGAAGUGUCUCGGAAACUACACAAGGCAUUAAGGUGAAACCUUUUUAGGAUGAUAGCAUAGCAUCUGUAGAUAUGCCAAGCGAAUGUCAAUCAUUUUGUCUGAACAUACAUGCAUGUUUAUUGGAUUUUUGGUACACUAUCUUUGGAAUUGGUCUAACUUUGUUUUUCAACAAAAUCAUUUGAUAUAUGUCAUAGGUCUAUGUUGAGUCUAUUAAUUGAUUGGCAUAGUAAAAAAUCACCAACCUGCAUACUCGUGUGCUUUGUUUUGAUUGGAUAAUGCUAAAACAUCAAUAACUCUAUUAUGAAUGAAGGGAUAUUCACAGCGUAGGUAGAUAAUACAAAUAUCUAUAGAAUGGUAUACUAGAAUAUGCUAAAGGGCAUGCACAUGCAUCUUUUUGAGGUGCCAUUCUUUGAAGGACCAUAACCUUUUUGUUUUUCAUGAAAAACAUUUUAUGUUAUAGAUUUACCUUGGUCCUCCUUACUGUCCACUGUGGUCAGAAUUACUUGCCAUCAUGUGCAUGUACGCAUGCUAAAUUCUGAUUGGACAAUUUUAAAAUCCUCAUAACUUUCUAAUUAUUGAUAUGGAGAGAUGAUGAAAUUUUGCUGUGGGUAUAUGAUAUGAAUUCCUGAUGAAUGACAUCAACAAAAGUGCUGAGUCAUGUUCUGUAGUGUAUUGUUUUCAUUCAAUGGAUAUAACUUUCUUAUAAAAAACUUUAAGAAAACAAAAUUUUCACUGCAGGUUUAUAAUAUCAAUGCCUAAUAAAUGGUGUAAACAAAAAUUGCUAAAUCAAAUUUUUGUGUGUGUGCAUUGUAAUUUUUAACAUUGAAGUAUUGAUCUGUAACAUUUUCAGAUUUUUUAAAUGAAAUAUUUUGAAAUUUAUGUUGCAGAUAUAUUUUUGGACUCUACUGAUUAGUGUCGUCAAAAUCACUUGAACGUGUGCACACUUGCGUUCAAUUUCCAUUGCCUGGUAUUUAGAUACCUACAACUCGCUUAAGAACAAAAAAAAAUGAAUUGAUAUCAUAGGUACUACAAGAACCUAAAAUGUAAGAUAUGAUUCAUGGUUGUGCUGAUCAAAGUACACACUCAUUGUUUUUGGACAUCCUAUUUUGGUCUCGCUCAUAUUUCCCUAUUUUUCAUUGAAGUCUUUAGAAAUUUAUCUUGAAUUCAUAUAUCUUGGAAUUCAUAUAUCAAGAAUUAUUACACAUCAGUAUGGUUACAUUACUCACAAGCAUGUACAUGCACAUGUGCUGAAUUUGAUUGGAUGAUGCAUAUUCUUCUGUUACAAAUUUGUUUCUAAUAAUAUGGUCUGAAAGUUGUGAUGCUUUACUUAGUGAUGUUGUUAAAUUCACUGCUAUCGAACAUGCACGUGCUCAAUUUUGAUUGGAUAAUUUAGUUAAAAGUUUUAUAAAUUUCUUGUUUUCUAAUGAAUUGCUUUAAAAAUUGUAUUCUUACUAUAUAUUUACUGUGACGCUUGACAGAUUGGCAUGAUGAAAGUUACUGACCAGAAAGUGUAUUCACGUUGUAUUGAUUGGAUAAUGCUUUUAACUUGUAUAGCUCUCCAAUAAAUGAAGGAAAUAAGGUGAAAUUAUUACUAUUGUCUAUUGAACUCACUAAAACAAAUGGGACCACUCUUUAAAUGGGGGUGGGGGGGGGGGCAUUUGGGGAACAUCCGUAAUGGUUCCUGUUACAAUAAGAACUAGCUUCUGUUGGAAUUCCAAGUUGUAGACAUACUUUAUCUAUCAAUUUAAGACUCAUACACACAUUGUUCACUACUUAGGAAAUAGCUCUCAUUUACAGUACAGUUUGUAAAGAACACUGGAAAUGUAAAUAUAUUGAAAUGGCUGUAGCAAGAAGAAUUCUUAAACUAGUGAAUUCAAUAUGCAAUUAUUUAAUUUUGCUUUGGCAUGACAAAUGCUUUUGACAACGAAAAACACAAAAGUUUGAUAUAUAUUAGAGAGAAUUUUUGAUUUUUAUCCUCGAAUACUCGUAAACUUGCUAAAUUUGUGUUUCUCUGCAGAUCAGGCGGUUGCACAGCAGAUUUUGAUAUUCUUCUAGGCAAUAUGAAUUUCGUGAUAUACAAUGUGUCAUAUGUCUCACAGCAAGUAGGGGUUCAAGAAAGGAAGAAUAACAAUUAAGUUGUAAAGUCAUUCAUAUGUACAUAUAUAUAUGAUAGACAAUGUAAGAUAAUUUUGGUCUUCAUUUAAAGGGGGUACUAUUAUGCUGUAAACUAAUAACAUUUUUCAAAACUGAAAGGUAUGGUGAAUUUCUAAAAUGAAAUUUGUUUAGCUAUUGAAUACAAAACGGUUUUAACUGUUUGUAUUAUUUCAAUGGAAAAUGCUGUUUGAAUCAUUCAAAUAAAUAAAUGAGAUGUAAAAAG